GCUCCGGGCCGGCUCACCUGCUCCCGCCUUCGGGAGCCCCGACCGGGGCCUGUGUUCCCCCACCCCACCCCCGCGCUCCUCUCUUUGCCCCGUCCACGGCCCGGCCCCCUCCCCCCGACUCCCGCCCGAGCCCGGAGCCGCCGCCAGGUCGCAGAGGCGGAGAGAGGAUGCGGCGGCGGCCCGCGGCGACGGUCCCCAGCCGCGCGCGCUGAUCGCCUCCCUCCCGAGGAGGAGGCGCCUAAGACCGUCGCCUCGUUUUCUUGUUUUCCUCGCCCUCCCCCCCCCCCACUACCACACACACCCCACCUCCCCGUAAUUGCAUUGGCUGCUGCAAGGGACCCGGAGAGACAGACAGACGGACGGACAGAGGAGGCGCCUCGCGGGGCCCUCACGCACGCACGCCCGCCCGCCACUCGUGCUCCCCGUGUCGCGUCCCGGGCCAGGAUGACUGGAGUCUUUGACAGUCUGGUGGCUGAUAUGCACUCCACCCAGAUCGCGGCCUCCAGCACUUACCAUCAGCACCCUCAGCCCCCGAGCGGCUCCGGAGCGGGCCCCGGAGGCCCCAGCAGCGGAGGCGGCGGCCUGCACAAGCCGCAGGAAUCGCCCACCCUCCCCGUGUCCACGGCCACCGACAGCAGCUACUACACCAACCAGCAGCAGCACCCGGCGGCCGGCGGCGGCGGCGGCGGGGCCUCGCCCUACGCGCACAUGGGUUCCUACCAGUACCACGCCGGCGGCCUAGGCAACGUCCCCUACUCGGCCAAGAGCACCUACGACCUGGGCUACACCGCCGCCUACGCCUCCUACGCGCCCUACGCCACCAGUGCGUCCCCGGUCAACAACGAGCCCGAGAAGGAAGACCUUGAGCCUGAAAUACGAAUAGUGAACGGGAAACCAAAGAAAGUCCGGAAACCGCGCACCAUCUACUCCAGUUUCCAGCUGGCGGCCCUGCAGCGACGCUUCCAGAAGACCCAGUACCUGGCGCUGCCCGAGCGCGCCGAGCUGGCUGCGUCUCUGGGGCUCACCCAGACUCAGGUCAAAAUUUGGUUCCAGAACCGCCGAUCCAAGUUCAAGAAGAUGUGGAAAAGCGGUGAGAUCCCCUCGGAGCAGCAUCCCGGAGCCAGCUCCUCGCCACCUUGUGCCUCCCCGCCGGUCUCGGCGCCGGCCUCCUGGGACUUCGGCGCGCCGCAGCGGAUGGGGGGCGGCGGCGGUGGCGGCGGCCCGGGAAGCGGAGGCAGCGGCGCAGGCAGCUCGGGCUCCAGCCCCAGCAGCGCGGCCUCGGCCUUUCUGGGGAACUACCCGUGGUAUCACCAGGCCUCGGGCUCCGCCUCGCACCUGCAGGCCACGGCGCCGCUGCUGCACCCCACGCAGACCCCACAGGCGCACCAUCAUCACCAUCAUCACCACCACCACCACCACGGAGGCGGGGGCGCCCCGGUGAGCGCCGGGGCCAUUUUCUAACCCAGAGUAGGUGGGCCAGAGACAGAGAGAACAGACACCGGUGAUCCUCAGCGCGCGCGUCCCCGUAGCUGGCGACCGCCACGCAGCCGGUUGUCCGGGAGAUUGCGGCGUGGGAUACCCCGGCCCUGGCUCCAGCUCCACGCGUGGCAACUACGAAAAUGGCCAGAACAGAGAGGCGCCUCUUCGCCUAGCUGUAUCCUCUCCGGACGCACGGACAGCUGCACGGCCGCGAUGCCGACCACUUUGACACCCCCCCAACCCCCGCGGAUUUGCUGUCCCUUCUCUGCCCGCCUGAAGUGGCUGUCUGGCGCCAUAGUCGCCCCAGGCCCUAAACUGGGUCCUGGAGAGGGGAGGCCUCCCCGCCCGCGAGGCUUCCCGAGCACUCUGAGGUCCCUUUCUCCUCGCCUGCCCCCGGGGCUUGGCUCCGGUCCGCUUCGUUGAUUGACCUCCAGGGGUCCUGCCCGCGCGCCCUCCCCCACGUGCCCCCGUGACCCGGGCGGCCCGGCCGCUCUCUCUCUGCCCCGCGCUUCCCAGCCCUCGGCCCUGAUCCCUCCUUGCCUUCGCUUCGCUCCCUAAACUCUCCAGAAGCGCUCCCUAAACUCUCCUCAUCCAUCACCAGUGGAGUUUUUUUAUUUUUAUUUUUUUAAAAGUUUAGGUGCCUUUGCGGAUGACCUCAUUUUGAUGUUGAAAAAAAAAACUGACUUUUUUAAUAUGUGGACACUGCAAAAAAUGUGUUUAAAUUAUCUUUUUUAAAAUGUAUUCAGGAUUAUUAGCCUGGACUUCGACACAGAGUUUGUAAAUAAAGGUGUCUGUGCAGAUUUCCCCACUUAUUUGUAUAAAAAUCCUUAUCUUUUAAGACUUUUUUGUAAAUCCCCAGUUGAGUUGUGAAAACUGCAGCUUAGCAGAGACCUCAGCAGCCCCUUCGUCUAAUUUCUCCCUUGGAAAGAAAUUCUCAGUUAAAUUAAGCUACUGAUUUGAAUUUGUUUUAUCUUAUCCUGAAGUCUUUGUUCUUGAAUGCAAGGUAUUUUGGGGUUAUUUAUUAUGAAAGCAACAUGCUCUUAAUGUUGAUUUUACAAUAUGAAGAGAUUAUUUAAAUAAAUUAUUGUUUUCACUGGAA